AUGGAAAACUUGGAUCAGUAUACAAACGCAGAUGAUCGCAAUCUCCAACUCUCCUAAUUAGUUUUGUAAUAGAAAAGGGAAAAAAUUGUGUUAUAGAAGAAGAUCCACGCUCUGGAAAAAUAAAAUAAAAACUUGUCUCAACAAAUGGAAUCCUAAAAAAAAGAAAAAAAAGAUCAAGAAAGUAAAAUUAAGUAACUUCAAGAAUACAAAGCUAAACAAGACUCUGUGACUGCCAAAUUAAAUGGAUUAAUAAAAAAGUUGCUUCAAAGAGAUGAUGAGUCCCAACUACAUGAUCAUUCAUUAAGUGCUCCUAAAACUGAUGCAAAAUCUUAAAAACAAGACAAUUACGAAAGGAAAAAAAAAGAUAAAGAAUAUCUAGAAGAACAAUAAAAAUUGGAUCUUAAUGAACAAAUUAUUGCUCAAUAUAAAAAACAAUAGCUUAAAGAUCAUUCAAUUUCUAGCAAACUCCCACCAAUUGAAGAUACAAAGAAUAAACCAAUUAUAGUCUAAGUUCCAAAAAGCUAAUUAAAGAAAAUUAACCCUUAAUAUUUAAUUGAACAAUUGCAGAAGGAAUGA